AUGUCCAAGGUUCUCAGAAAGAAAAUGCUUGGUUCGGUUCUGACCUCCGCCGGAAACAGCGUUGCAAUUUCUGCUGCGACUAGGACUACGAACUGGGUCAGACCUGACUCGGCAGCUGAAUCCAUGAAAGGAGCGCUGGAGGCCGCAAUUAAAAAGAACGAAAGUAUCUUGCCUAAAGGAACGGUUGAAGUCUGUACGCGUGAAACUACACAUACCAGCGCUUCCGACUCACGAUCGCAUAUUACAGCUGUCUGUUUCGAUAGCGAGGGGAAUCCCAUUACGACCGUCCAUCUGGCUACGAGCAAUGAAUGA